CUCUGUCUUCAGAUUAUAAGUUCUCAUGAGAGUACUGUCAGAGAUGUUUUAAGGAAGAGAUACAAAGGAUUUUUUUAAUAAAGCAGAAGAUGUCUUCUCAAUAUGACUUCAGAGGUCACUUAUGCUGAAGUGAGGUUCAAAAAUGAAUCCAAGUCUUUAGGCAUCAACUCAGAGCUUACUUCAGUUCCCAAAGAGAAGAGCAGCCUUCACACAAGUAACCCUGGUUUUUCCAAGGUACUCUUCCUCUCAUUGUUGAUACUUCUGCUAUUAUUGGCAAUCUCAUUUUUCAUCGCUUUUAUCAUUUUCUUUCAAAAGUAUUCCCAACUUCUCAAAGAAAAAAAGACUAUAAAAGAAUUUACUCACACAACAUUGGAAUGUAUAAAAGAAAAUUUGACCAUGGAAGAGAAAGACUGGGGCUGCUGCCCAAAGAAUUGGAAGUCAUUUAAUUUGAACUGCUAUUUUUUUUCUACUGAAGACAAAAAUUGGAUAGAGAAUAAAAAGAACUGCUCAGAAAUGAAGGCUCACCUGCUGGUAAUCAACACCAAGGAAGAGCACGAUUUUAUCAUUCAGACCCUGGAUAAAAAGAAAGCUUAUUAUAUAGGGCUGUCAGACCCAGAGGGGACAAGAGCCUGGCAAUGGGUUGAUCAGACACCGUACAGUGAAAAUGCUACAUUCUGGCAUAAAGGUGAACCCAAUAAUCGUGCUGAACGUUGUGUCAUACUGAAUAAACCUCCUCGUGGCUCAUGGGGCUGGAAUGAUGUUACUUGUGAAGGCCGUCACAUGUCAAUUUGCAAGAUGAUGAAGCUCUACUUAUGAAUGGGAAAUUAUCCAUGAACAUGUGGUUGAAUUGGUAUCUACCAUUAAAGAAAUAAAUAAUUUGCUUUUUAGAAUUCAUGUAUAAGCUUAUACAAGUGAUCUUCAGAAAAUUUUUCAGUAGGCUGUUAACUAUUCAACUUAUAUAAAUAAGUGUACACAUUAAUUUAUAUAUUAAUUCACACAGUGAACAUUUAUGGAGCAUUUUAUAAUAUCCUGUAUACUGGAGAGACUAUUUGCAGAUGAAUGGAGGGAGUAUGAGCCUCUUCUCCCAAUUUUUGUCUUAUUGCAAGGGGCUUAGAUAUUGAUAUAAUAAUAUGGUAUGGUUCCUCCACCUAUCUGGAUUUAUCUCUUUAUGGGCUGGUCAAAAGCAAAAUAAUACCAAUCAUUACAUUACACUGGUGAGUUGACAUAAAUCUAUAUUUGUCAGGUAUUCUGAUGCAUUUUUUCUUUAAGUUUUAUAAUUUCUGUGUGGAUUGACACCCAAAAUGACUCCUGGCAUAUUUGUCUGUUUGUUUUUUUGACUCCUGGCAUAUUUGUAAUCCUCUUUUUACUAUAGUUCUUACACACCGCUUCUUUCUAUAACAAUAUAAAAUAUAUGAUAUUUAUAAUAAAACCUGUAAGUCAUGCUUUAGUAUAGUAGUUAUAAUUGAUCAUGAUAAAGCUGAUUCUUGCCAUGACUAUCCCAAUAAAGCCUAAAAUUAUACCCUGAUUUUCUUGACUUAACUGAGUAAUUAUAUUUGCCACUCAUUUCUUAAUUCUAUCUAAAGUUGAGUUAUUUUUAUGCAGGUCUAAUUUUAUACAUUAUAUAUAGAACUUAGUAGUUUACUUCCCAGAAAGCAACUUACAUCGCAAUUCUGGAAAAAUUCUGGGGAAACUUUAUUUAUGAUGAGCUUUUCCCAUUAUUAUUUCAAUAAUAUGGAAUGGAGUGUAGGGAGGGCAAAAAGAACUUCUUUAUUAAAUGCCUUUGGUUGCCAUAGUGGAAGGUGUGCUUGACCUGGAGUGAAAUGGAGAAUGAUAAUAUUAUUCAGUGCUGGAACUUUUCUCUUUCUUCCACCUUGCAUUGUAUGAACGUGGUUCAGAGCCAAUUUUCUUUCAUUUUCCUUCGAACUUCUAACUAUUAAAUGAAGAUGGUGUGUAAUAGCUUGUAUGUAAGAUUUAUAUUGAAGUGUAACACUUAGGUGAAGAAGCAUCUAGUUGAGUCCCAAUCAAUGGACAGAAUUGUGAAAAAAAUAACAAUAUAGUUUAUAGCCACUAAGUUUUGGGGUAGUUUAUUAUUCAGCAAUAUAUAACUGAGACACCUUCAAAUUCUAUUGCAGUUUUAAACUAAGAUUCUAUAAAAUAAUGAAACACAUUU